AAACGUUACCAGAAGGACCUCCUUUGAGCAAUCAGUUUGCUCAGCCCCCACAUUGCUCAAUCAGCAGGUUAUUUUAAAUAUAAAAUGACCGCUGUGUGAUGGAAACAUUAUUCUCAGUGAACCUCCAUCCAGAGCAUCAGAUAUCUCAGAGUAAGUUGGGAAUUGUAAUCUUAUGGUAUUUUUGUUUUUCUGCUGUUUUGAUCAGGAAUUGUAGGUUUCUAAUAAGCAUCCUAACUGAAAUUUCCUUUCAGUAAGGAAUUGCUCAGUUUUAUGAAUGAGGUAGAGUGCAUGAUUUAUGUAGUAUCUAUUUUAUUUAGUGCCCUGUGAAACGGCACCUAUUAUUUUUAGUUUGACUGGUCCUACAUACACUAAUAGAUUGAAGACGCCUUGCAAACCAUGGUUUGGGUACGUACUAUGCAUUCAAACCAGGCUGUGCAACUAUGGUUUGAAGACAGGUUGCAAACCAUAAUAUGUUCAAGUGUUAUAGAUGCACUGAGCAAACCGUGGUUAUGUAACUUUUCUUACCUCUCCAAACUCUCCUUCUAAGGAGCCAAGCUGGUCUUCCUGAUGUAUCCUUAUACACAACCUUAGAGAGUGGGGGAGGCUCAGCCUGAUAAGUUAACCCCCUAUUUUCAUAAUGUAUCUGGUUAAACCAAUUUUAAGGCAGCAAACGAUAAUUAUUGCUAACCCUGGUUAAGUAUUAUGUCUGCACUGUCAUUGUUUCUGCCAUGUUGGACAGAUUAAUACAAAUAAUCACAAUGUGAAUAGUUUUCCAGGUUUGGCUUGUACAUUUUGAAUUAGAAAUUUGCAUGCUUUGCAGAGUCAUCCUUUUUGUACACUGCCUGGAAGUAAGUCCAUUGUGUUCAGUGGGGUUUCCUCCAAGUAAGUGUGCAGAGGAUUGCAUUUUUCGUGUUGUUGACAUCUCUUGAUUGUUUUGAUGUUGGGCAGUCUUCCAAUAUUUAACCUUACAAGCUGUCAGCUGUCAAAUAUUAAUUACCCUUGGAUGUGAUCUAUUGAAUGCAGUAAGAUACUAUUUAAUGCUGUUGAAUGUUCUUAAAAAUAGUGCCUGCUACAAAGGGAACAUUGGCAAAUACUAUACACCAGUGGUAUGUUCUACAGCAACAAGGUAGUACUGUAGUGAACAAACGUGAAAGACCUAGGUUCAAAUCUCCACUCACUCAUGAAAUACAUGAUAUUAAGUCCAGCUGCUUAUUCUCAGGCCAAUUUACACAUCUCUGGAUUGUUGUGAAGAUAAAAUGGCAUAAAACAAAUCCCAGGCACAUCAUUCUGAUGGAAGGUCUGGAUUGCAAAAGUGGUAAAGAUGGAUUUGAUACACUUGUGGUGGUGGUGUUUUUAAAUCACAAUCAUUAUUUUAUUAUUACCACCUGCAGCAGCAACAUCCCAUACUUUUAAAAAGAGCACACAGAGAGAGAUAUAAAAAUAUGACAAAACAGCAAUGUUUUGAACACUGAGAUACUAAAAAGCAGAAAAGGCCUUGGAGCACAUAGAGCACAACUACACAAAAUUCAAGCACUAUUUAAUCCCAUUGGUUUCAAAGGAGGGGUAAGUUUGUGCUUCACUUGCUUCUGUUGUGAUCAGUGAGGAUUUAAUAGUGCUUAGCUUUGGAUUGAUUGUGCUUGAAUUAUGUGAACACUAAAAGUUAGACUCUAAAGUUGACUAUUAGCCCUAGUCAGCACAGCUAAGCACCCAGGCCUGGCUAAAAGCAUUUGUACUCAUCUCUAUUAAUCACUGUUAUAUUAUUUAUACACUGCCUGUGUAACUGGGUUGCCCCAGCCACUCUGGGCAGCUCGCAACAAAAUAUUAAAAGCACAAUAAUAUAUCAACCAUUAAAAAUUUCCCUUCAGAUGUCUUCUAAAAGUCAAAUAGUUGUUUAUCUGAUGGGAAGGGCGUUCCACAGGGCGGGCACCACUACCGAGAAGCCCCUCUGCCUGGUUGCCUGUAACCUCACUUCUUGCAGUAAGGGAAUCGCCAGAAGGGCCUCAGAAGUGGACCUCAGUGUCCAGGCUGGACGUUGGAGGUGGAGAUGUUCCUUCAGGUCUACACUAUAGUGAAGCAGCAAGUGUUUUGCAACAGGUUUGGAGAAUGAAUGGACGUUUAGAAACCCUUUAAAACAAAACAAAAAAUACUAUUUGUGGAGCAGCAUAAUACUCUCUAGCUGUAGCUGCAGACCAAAUUCAAGGUCAAGAACACAGGACAAUAAUCAAAUGGAAACUUGGUAGGCUGCUACUGCCACCUUACGUCAUCAGGGACACCAGCUCACACUCUCACUGUCUGUCUGUCUGUCUUUCUCUCUCUCUCUUUUUAUAUAUUUCAGACAGUCUGAAAGAUGCGUCUGUUUCUAGCAUUCAGUGUUCUUCUUCUGGGAACAUCUUUGACCAGCUCACAUCCAACCCCAGACGAAGAUUUGAACAAAAGUACGUUCGUAUAAUAAGCACGUGGAUCAGACAUAGCUCAGGGGUACAACACAGGCUUUUGAUGCAAAAACUUUGGUUCUUGACAUCUCCAAUCAAAAAGGGAUCUUAGGCAGUAGAGAUGGCAAAGACUUCUGCCUGAGAUCUAGUUCUCAAAAGCUGCUGGUGGGGUGGUUAACCUGUGUUUGGACUGUACCAUCUCAGAAACAGUAGAAUGGGACUCAGGUGUUGAUCUACUAUUAAAAAAAUGAACAAAUCACAGCACACAGAAGCCAACAAAUCAAGGCUGGGCCUUGCCUUAUAGCUUUCUGUGUGCAAGGAAUGUUUCUUUUUGGAUAAGCACUCGGAUGUGUGGGACCUUACCUAAAGUGGGACAAUCCAGAAAUAAGGUUAACUAGCACUUACUGUUCAUAAGAGUUAGACCAGAGCCACUGUCAGUUAACAUAGCUAAUACACGAAAUGGGGCAAUUGUCUGGUUUUGCGUAAGCCAGAUCCAUAUAUUCUUUAGACAUAUGUUGAACUUAGGGGAUCCAAUUGAAGAAUGAAAAGUGUAUAUUCAGAGUUUUUAAAGUAAAUGCCAUACCCAAAGAGAAUAGGUAUAAUGCAUGCAUAAUAGCUAAUGGGAUUUCUUCAGAUGGAUAGAAAUCCUUUGAAAGAAAAGAUAGCAAGCCCAAAGAAUAUUAAAUGUUCCUGGAUAUUUGUCUUGGAGAGUUAAGUCCCAGUGAAAGUGAUACUGUUUUUCCUUUCAGGAGUACACGUUUUGGAAGAAACUAUGAACCAUUUGAAAAUAAAAUUGGACGCACUAGACAAUGCUUUCUAUACAGUCCAUAAAGGUAAGACAGCUGGAAGUAUGUUAUUUCCCUCAAACCAUUCCCAGAAUCCUAGAUUCUUUUCAAUGUGGAUUUCCAUUAAGUGGUCCACUUUAGAAUUACACUUAGUAUGUUAUGUUUGCUGCCAGCUUUUUAAGAUAUUUUUUUUUUAAGUAUUUAGGAUUUGGGAGUUAUCACAAUAUUGAAAUGUUGAUAAAAUAAUUCCUGGUCUUGGCUAGUGAUUUUCACACUUUGAUGAGGAAACAAGUGUCCCAAGGUACAAUGUCUAUGCUGCGGAAACAUUGUGUCCAGACGUCCCUAUUUUCCAGGACAGUCCCAGAUUUACAGAAGCCAUUCAGCUUUCUGAUUAGAUUCCAGAAUGUUCCGCUUUUCCUUAGAAUGUCCCUAUUUCAUUGGAGAAAUGUUGGGAGGUAUGUGUGUCUUGCCAGAGAUUCUGGGUUAUGCUCUCAGGUUUGAAUGGGUCAGAGACUGUCAACAUAGUGCCCCCCAGGUGUUGAUAGACUAGGGCUCCCAUCAGCCCCAGCCAGCGUAGCCAAUGGUCAGGAAUUAUGGGAGAAAUUUAAUAACUAAAAAUAAACAGCAUCUGAAGGAGACACCAAUGGCAAUCCCUAGACUGUGGCUCAAUGCAUAGCUCUUUACAGACUAAGAAUGUCCUCCCCCAGGUACCUAAAGCUCUCCUGCAGCUACAGAUUGAGUGCUUAACCAAUGCUUCCUCAGCAAUCUUGCCUGCCAUUACUGAGUUCCUGUUCAUUUCCAACGUAACACAGGAUUCCGUGUUUACAAAUUGCUGAAAAUAGACUCAUAGCAUAUUAGAACAUUGCUAGUUUUAAUUUUUGAGUUUGACCAAACGGUGGGAGGCAGUGGAAGACAGGAGUGCCUGGCGUGCUCUGGUCCAUGGGGUCACAAAGAGUCGACAUGACUAAACGACUAAACAACAACAACAGUUUUAAUUUUUAACCUCCUACUCUUUAAAUAAGGUGCAUUGCCCUUUGCUUUUCCAUUGCUGUCCUCCACAUCUGAUCUCAGAUCGUAAGCUCCUUGGGUCUUUCACUUAAGUUGCUCCAUAGUGCAUCGUGAAUAUUGGGGUCUAUAUCAACCAACUUGUAGUAGCGGAGCAUUUGAAAUUAUUGGAAUGAUUGUCUCCUGUAUUUCCAGCUCGCAGUUUUGGAAGUGGCAGUGAAAGGUUAUACACCACAAAUCUUGGUGAAGGGGACUUCGAAACGCUCAGUGCCACCUGUCUCGCUGCUGGCGGUCAUGUUCCUUCUCCGAAGAAGGAGGCUGAGAACAACGCUUUGCAGAGUGUGUUGAAGAGGCAUGAGAAAUCGGCCUAUGUUACAGGCCACAAUUUUGACGCAUACACAAACUGGGCAUUUGGGGAACCAAGCAACUCUGAUGGAAGUAAGAACUGUACAAAAGCUGCCAAAGAUGGAAAGUGGCACUCUACAUCAUGCGAAGAGAAGCUCCUCACUGUUUGUGAAUUUUCCUUUAUCCCGUAAAUUCAGAAUCAGUGUGGUGUUAAUUGGAAAGAGUGGUGGACAAGGAGGACCUAGGUUCAAAGUCUCACCCUCUGGGUGACUCUCAGCCUAGCCUACCUUGCUGCGUUGUGAGGAUAACAUUGGGAAGCCCCCAUGUAUACUUCCUUGAGCUUCUUGGAGGAAGGGUGGGAAGUAAAUGAUUGUGAUAAAUAAAUAAAAGGCACUGCUUGAGCUUCUCUGGUACGCUUGAUAUGUGUUUUGUCGGUCAUGUAUGAAGCUUAUGCCUAGGAAAGAUAAACCUACUCCAUAUUACCCACCCCAGUUUCUGUUAAGCCAGGCCAGCAAGAUGAACCUACCUACCUAAGUCACACAUUCUGAAACCAUACAUGAACUAAAAUGCAAACAUCUUUUGAAACUCACACUUUCUCUUCCCGGUCAAAACCAGACUUCCUUAGCGUAUAUACUUAACAGCAGCAUUCAUGUUGCAUCAGUUAGUCGUUUUUCCCAGAGUCAUCAUGCUUCAAAGUGUCAUCAACCACCCAUUUGUUCAUUUUAUAUUUACCAACCACUCCUCCAAGAAAACACAAUCAAAGCAGGUACAAUUAAAAUAUAUAAAGGCAACCAACUCAUACUAUUCAGUAGGCACAUUUGCAUCUUAUUCUGAACAUUGUCUCCAAAGGCUGUGUGUGUUGUAUACAAUAAUUUCUUAAAGAGUGUCAAGCAUGCCAUUCAGGGGUGCCAACUUGGAUAAAAUAUGGGGGGGGCAGGUAAGGCCCGCCCCACAUAACUGAUUACAUGACACAGCGCACACAUUCCAUUUGAAUAGCAAUGCAUAUCAACUUUUUUGGGGGGGGUCUGGCCCACUCAAAUAUUUUAUGGGGGAGUGAAGGGACCUCAGCCCCUAGGAGUUGGCUCCUAUGAUGCCAUUUUUUGAACUGCAUAUCAGCUUUGGAAAACAGCCGUACCUUGGUUGCAAAACGCCUUGGAACUCGUACGUUUCGAAUCCUGAACAAUCGAAAACCGGAAGCGAGUGUUUUCGAAAGCUGAACAUCUGGCGCAGCUUCUGAUUGGCUGCAGGUUGUUCCUGCAGCCAAUCAGAAGCCGCGUCUUGGUUUUGAACAGUUCCGGAAGUCGAACGGACUUCCCGAAUGCAUUCUGUUCGAGAACCAAGGUACAAAUGUUAUUUAUUUCAGCACGAAGACUUCCAACAAACCAAAAGAAAACCCCAAAACACUGCUCUCCUUUCAGUUUUGUGACAUGUUUGAAGGAGAUAUAAGCAAUACGCUGUUUGCUAUUUUAUUACCCUUAUUUGAAGUGGUAUCUCCCAUGGAGAAAACCUUACGGCGUGUGAAAAAUCACCUACAACCAUUUUCUGAAUCAGAGUACAACAUAUCAAGAAACACAUCCUAUUUCCAAUUAAGAUCUUUGAAUAAGAGAUAGUGACAGAAUCCAGUAAAAUGAAAAGGGAAAAAAAGUCAUCCCCAGGGAAUGCGUAAGUUUGUUUUCUUACACUCUCCCAUAUACAUUAUUAAAGUUUUCAAUCCAUUGCCUCUGUGACUGCCAGGAGGCUCUUUGUUUGCUUGUCAGCUCAAGCAAGUAUUGAACGAG